CUGCGCGUCGCGGCGCUCGGACACCGCGGGGCCCGGCCGGCUCAGGGGUCCCCCGACCCGCGCCCCGCGUGGCCGCCGCGCCUCGCCAGGCUGGGCCGCGACGUCCCCCUCCCCACGUCGCCGGAGCGCGGCCCCGCGUCCCUCCGACGAGCCGAGCGCUGAUUGGCCCUGAGCACGGGAAGGCCCGCCCCCACGAGCCGCCAGCCAGUGGGAGCCGGGGGCGGGGCCGCGCCUCGGCCGCCGGAAGCGGGGAGGUGCUGGGGGACGUCGCGUUAGCGCGCCGGGUGGGCAGCAGCGACCGCGGAGCCACCGGAGGGACGCCUGCCUUCGCCCGCCAUGGCCGAGAGCGACUGGGACACGGUGACGGUGCUGCGCAAGAAGGGCCCUACGGCCGCCCAGGCCAAGUCCAAGCAGGCUAUCUUAGCAGCACAGAGACGAGGAGAAGAUGUAGAAACUUCCAAGAAAUGGGCUGCUGGCCAGAACAAACAGCAUUCUAUCACCAAGAACACAGCCAAGCUGGACCGGGAGACAGAGGAGCUGCACCAUGACAGGGUGACCCUGGAGGUGGGCAAAGUGAUCCAGCAGGGUCGGCAGAGCAAGGGGCUCACGCAGAAGGACCUGGCCACGAAAAUCAAUGAGAAGCCACAGGUGAUCGCAGACUAUGAGAGUGGACGGGCCAUCCCCAAUAACCAGGUGCUGGGCAAAAUCGAGCGGGCCAUUGGCCUCAAGCUCCGGGGGAAGGACAUUGGAAAGCCCAUCGAGAAGGGGCCUCGGGCGAAAUGAACACAAAGCCUCGAAAUCAGCGCGCUCCGGCUGAUCUCGUUCCGCGGUUCCCCUUGGCCGCCAGCACCGCCGUGGGUCUCCUCACGGGCCGAGCGGAACAAGGGGUCCAGCUGGUGGGGGCCUCCCCAGCCCAUCCCUGCUGUCAAACAAACAAACCUUGCAAAGCGUU